AUGACCUCUGGAUCUUCGCAACCGGAAGCGGAGAAUGCGAAGGCUGAUGCGCCUCUCCCUGACACCAGUGGGUCCGGCACGAACUUUUUUCCCGUGACCGACGCAUUUCCGCAAUCGUCGAUCAAUGGUCCUCUGACCAAGACGGAUUUGAACUGGACUUGUCCUUCUGGACUUACUACUGAGACACAGACGUGGUACACUGUCACUGCGGAUGGAUCAUUCAUUAUGAGUCAGAUUAUCUACUCGCCCGUUGGUUUGUGGAACCCCCAAGUGCAAAUGACAUUCAAGUACUUUAAUCCCACGACAGGAAAGAAGGUAUGGAAGAGCAAGAAUGUCGAUGGAUUCACUACUCUGGACGACAAGCGAUCGUCCAAGUCGAGUGCGUUUACCAUUACUAUAAAGGAUGGCGCAGACGGCACACAAGAGUAUGCCAUCCAGGCAAAUCUUGAUUCGGACGUACAACUUUUGUACACCAUGAAGCGCCCUACGUCUGCGCCGGGCUGGAAGCUUGGAGAUGGCAAGUGUGGUGGGUUUAGUUAUUUUGGCCCUUCCAUGGAAAACCAGCACGGGUAUGUGGUCCACCGUUUCUGGCCCUACGCCAAGACUGAUGGCCUCAUUGUGAUCGAUGGCCAGGCGAUUGAGGCGACUGGACAGGGCAUGUUUGUACAGGCAAUCCAAGGUAUGCGGCCCAACCUUGUUGCUGCGCGCUGGAACUUUUGUACGUUUCAAAGCACAGAGCACGAUGGCCUGAGUGCGCUUCUCAUGGAGUUUACUACGACUCGCGACUAUGGUAUUGCCAAGAAAGGAAGCAAUGGUGCAAUGCAGGUGCGCGAGCCGCAAGUCGUUACCUCUGGGUCCGUCGUGUAUCGCGGCGAGUUGAUUGCGGUGGUUGGCGCAACACGCGACCUGAAUGCUUCUGAAGAUGCUCCUUCUCGCCACAGCAACACACGUAUUCAACACUUGAAUUGUGCACGCGACGAGUUCACCGGGUACGACGCACCGCAAAGCAUUCAGUAUAACUGGGAUGGCCCUUCGGUAAGCGGCGAUCAUGCACCUGUUCAAGCAGAGAUCAAACUUGAUCUUGGGAAGCCUGCGGCUAUGAAUGGACUGAUUGACAAGGUGGAUGUUCUUGCCGAGAUCCCUUACUUUAUCAAAAAGUUUGUCAACUACGUCGCCGGCACCAAGCCAUACAUUUAUCAAACAUUGAACCACGCCACGCUGCGCUUGACGCUCCCCGGUUCUGUCGCAAAGGAUGGCGAGACGACCGUGACGGCGAAGGGCACCCUCUUUGAAGAACAUACGUUCAUUAGUCAAUAG